AUGGCUAAACUUAGUUCCUGUGGAGGUGUGAAAACACACACUCAACUCACAGAAACUCAUGCGAAGGCGUCAGCGAGAAAAACUUCAUGUCCAUUCACUAUUGAGAGUAUCCUGGGGUUGGAUAGGAGCGAGGAGACGGCGCGUUUUCUAUCUCCCCACCGAUCGUUGCCUGAUGCGCUUAACGUUCCAGCUCUUCCACGGAGCUCGUGUCCAGAUGCAGCUGAGAAAUUCUGUGAGCCGGCAAAUCCGGUGCAGGUUGGAGGGAGGAGCUGUCUGGAGUCGGAAGGGCAGCGUGAGGAGCACUUUUCUCAUCCGCCGAACUGCUGCUGGUUCCGUGGAAGAAGAGCCAGAACUGCAUUUAGUAGAAACCAGAUUGAGGUAUUAGAAGAAGAAUUUCAGCUAAAUUGUUACCCCGGGAUUGAUGUUCGUGAAGAUCUUGCUCAGAAACUCGGUCUAGAUGAAGACCGAAUUCAGAUCUGGUUCCAGAAUCGCCGUGCAAAGCUGAAAAGAUCUCAUCGAGAAUCUCAGUUCCUGUUGGUGAAAAAUGCAUUGAUAAAUUCACGUGCAGAAAAUUAG